UCAAGACUCAAGAACCAGUCCAAAAGAGGAAAUUUCCAAGAAACAAUGAUGCAAUUGCUAGGGACCAGCUACUGCAAUUUAUAGGGUUUCUUAACAACCACGCGAGCCCUCACUUCGACUCUAAAUUUUUCCAGAAUCUCCUCUCUUUAUGGCUUCUUCUUCCUCCUCCUCUUCUCGCAAUUGGUCAUAUCACGUUUUCCCGAGUUUCAGCGGAGAAGAUGUCCGCAACACAUUCCUUAGCCACUUUCUAAAAGAACUGGAUAGGAAACUGAUCAUUUCUUUCAAAGACAAUGAGAUCGAGAGAAGCCAGUCACUUGAUCCCGAACUUAAACAUGGGAUUAGAAAUUCCAGAAUUGCGGUGGUUGUGUUCUCCAAAACCUAUGCCUCUUCAAGCUGGUGCCUUAACGAGCUACUGGAGAUUGUGAAAUGCAAGAAAGAGUUUGGCCAACUUGUGAUACCCAUUUUCUACAAUUUGGAUCCAUCCCAUGUGAGGAAACAGACCGGAGACUUUGGGAAGAUCUUUGAAAAGACAUGCCGAAAUAAAACAGUGGAUGAGAAAAUCCGAUGGAAGGAAGCUUUGACCGAUGUAGCUAAUAUCCUUGGAUAUCAUAUUGUUACCUGGGAUAACGAAGCAAGCAUGAUCGAAGAAAUCGCCAAUGAUAUUUUGGGUAAAAUGAAUAUAUCUCCAUCAAAUGAUUUUGAGGACUUGGUCGGUAUUGAAGAUCAUAUCACAAAGAUGAGUUCAUUGCUGCACUUGGAAUCUGAGGAAGUGAGGAUGGUCGGGAUAUGGGGUCCCUCGGGAAUUGGCAAAACGACCAUUGCAAGAGCUCUAUUUAGUCGACUCUCUUGUCAGUUUCAAAGUAGUGUUUUCAUUGACAAGGUUUUCAUAUCUAAGAGUAUGGAAGUUUACAGUGGAGCUAAUCUUGUUGACUAUAACAUGAAGUUGCACUUGCAAAGAGCCUUUCUAGCUGAAAUUUUUGACAAAAAGGACAUAAAGAUACAUGUAGGUGCAAUGGAAAAGAUGGUAAAGCACCGGAAAGCUCUCAUCGUUAUUGAUGAUUUAGAUGAUCAAGAUGUGCUAGAUGCUUUAGCGGAUCAAACUCAAUGGUUUGGAAGUGGGAGUAGAAUCAUUGUGGUUACAGAAAAUAAGCAUUUUUUAAGGGCCAAUCGGAUUGAUCACAUUUACAAGGUCUGUCUCCCAUCUAAUGCGCUGGCUCUUGAGAUGUUUUGUCGUUCUGCUUUUAAGAAGAAUUCUCCUCCUGAUGACUUUUUGGAGCUUUCUUCUGAAGUUGCAUUGCGUGCUGGUAAUCUUCCUUUGGGCCUGAACGUAUUGGGUUCAAAUUUACGGGGCAUAAACAAAGGUUACUGGAUAGAUAUGCUACCGAGGCUUCAAGGUUUGGAUGGAAAAAUAGGGAAAACACUAAGAGUCAGCUAUGAUGGGUUGAAUAACAGAAAAGAUGAAGCAAUAUUUCGUCACAUUGCAUGUAUUUUCAAUGGUGAGAAAGUCAGUGACAUCAAACUAUUACUAGCAAAUAGUAACUUGGAUGUUAAUAUCGGGCUAAAAAACCUUGUUGAUAGAUCCCUUAUCUGUGAAAGAUUCAAUACUCUGGAGAUGCACUCUUUGCUACAAGAAUUGGGUAAGGAGAUUGUCCGUACUCAGUCCAAUCAGCCUGGAGAACGGGAGUUCCUUGUGGAUUUGAAGGAUAUUUGCGAUGUACUUGAACAUAACACUGGUACUAAGAAGGUUUUAGGUAUAACAUUGGAUAUAGAUGAGACUGACGAACUGCAUAUACAUGAGAGCUCCUUCAAAGGAAUGCACAAUCUCCUUUUUCUAAAAAUUUAUACUAAGAAAUUGGACCAGAAAAAAAAAGUUAGAUGGCACUUACCGGAACGCUUCGACUAUUUGCCCUCUAGACUUAGAUUAUUGAGGUUUGACAGAUACCCAUCGAAAUGUCUUCCUUCUAACUUUCAUCCUGAAAACCUGGUUAAGCUUCAAAUGCAGCAGAGCAAACUUGAGAAGCUGUGGGACGGAGUUCAUUCACUUGCAGGGCUCAGGAAUAUGGAUUUACGGGGAUCUAGAAACCUGAAAGAAAUCCCAGAUCUUUCAAUGGCCACUAAUCUAGAAACACUUAAACUCAGCAGUUGCUCGAGUUUGGUGGAACUUCCUUCGUCUAUUCAGUACCUGAAUAAGCUGAAUGAUUUGGACAUGUCAUACUGCGAUCAUUUGGAGACUAUUCCCUCUGGAGUUAACCUCAAAUCUCUCGAUCGUCUCAAUCUCAGUGGAUGCUCACGGUUGAAAAGUUUUCUUGACAUACCAACCAACAUCUCAUGGCUUGAUAUAGGCCAAACAGCGGACAUUCCCUCUAAUUUGCGUCUACAGAAUCUCGAUGAGCUUAUAUUGUGCGAAAGAGUGCAGCUGCGUACACCUCUCAUGACCAUGCUUUCUCCCACUUUGACGAGGUUGACUUUUUCGAACAACCCAAGUUUUGUGGAAGUCCCUUCUUCAAUUCAGAAUCUCUAUCAACUUGAGCAUUUGGAAAUUAUGAACUGCAGAAAUCUGGUGACUCUUCCCACUGGAAUAAACCUCGACUCUCUCAUUUCACUUGAUCUCUCUCAUUGUUCUCAGUUGAAGACUUUUCCUGAUAUCUCAACCAACAUCUCAGAUCUCAAUCUAAGCUACACAGCGAUUGAAGAGGUUCCUUUGUCGAUCGAGAAAUUAUCUCUCCUCUGUUACCUAGAUAUGAAUGGAUGCAGCAAUUUACUAUGUGUAUCCCCAAACAUUUCUAAACUGAAACAUCUCGAGAGAGCUGACUUUUCAGACUGUGUGGAAUUGACUGAAGCUAGCUGGAAUGGUAGUUCAAGUGAGAUGGUCAAACUUCUUCCAGCUGAUAAUUUCUCAACGGUCAAGCUCAACUUCAUCAACUGCUUCAAGUUAGAUCUAACAGCUCUUAUUCAAAACCAAACAUUUUUCAUGCAACUGAUACUAACAGGUGAAGAAGUGCCUUCAUAUUUCACUCACCGUACCAGUGGGGACUCUAUCUCCCUACCUCACAUCUCUGUAUGCCAAUCAUUCUUCAGUUUUAGGGGUUGCACCGUGAUUGAUGUCGAUUCUUUUUCCACAAUCUCUGUUUCAUUUGACAUUGAAGUAUGUUGUCGGUUCAUAGACAGAUUCGGGAACCACUUUGAUUCUACUGAUUUUCCAGGAUACUUCAUAACAACAAAGUUGGGUGGUCAUCUGGUUGUCUUUGACUGUUAUUUUCCCUUUAACGAAGAAUUUACUACUUUUCUGGAUGGUCAAUUCAACUACGAUCACGUGGAUAUACAGUUUCGUCUCACGAAUGACAACUCUCAGCUCAAACUAAAAGGAUGCGGUAUUCUACUUUCCGAAGAUGUCCCAUCCCUGGAUAACCGACCUUGUAGUCCAAAUAUUCUUCCAGGGGUUUGUGAAGAUAGCGCUUUAGAGAGAAGGAGUUUCCGGACUAAAAUGCGGAUGAUGAGGAUGAGACUACUGAAGAAACUACUGAAUCGCUAGACAGCCAAUCCACAAGAUACAUAAAAGGAUGUCUCCUGAGCACAUGUGGGACUUCCCUUACAGUAUUCCUUCUUCGUGAAACUUCCCCCUUAUAUAAGAUUACUGAAGUUGCAAGCACCGUUGUAAGAUCUGAUGAAGAAGCUAGGAAUGGAGACAUUCGUGAGAGCAGAGAAUAUGGAAAAGCUUUAUUUUUGUCAGCAAAAGAUUUUGUGAGUGGGAAUGAUACUGAAGAGUGAGGAGAGAGUGGUGUAAAGACGGAGGGAAGAAGGAAGCGAAAGCAGUGUUCCAAGAUGGAUGUCUCUGUUUCUGACAAAAGCUUUGCAUAUUCUGAGCCAAAGACUAAGCAGUUCAAGUCUAUCUCGAGUCAUCUCAAACCAAGAUAGAUCAGUUUCCUUUGGACUCUUCCUCGGUGGACGCCGUUUUAGCCAUUUCCAAAACAUCUGGUUUCCCAGUGAUAAAAUAUGUGGUCAAGUAUCUUGAAUGGCACUGAUUUUGUGUGCAAACAUUUGGAGGGUGAAAUGCAACGGGUUUGUCUCGUGCAUCUGGUCUAUGUAAUGGGUUUAUUUGACCUCUUAUAAUGGCAUCUUCCUUGCAGACCAUUCAAAGGAGAGUGGCGUUGGCUGGUUUUCUGGAGCCACAGUGUCUCUAUUUGAAAUCUAUUAAGUUGUCUACAUUCAGUUUAUCCUUUGGGGUUAGCAUUUUUACACUUCUUGUCUGUCUUCUCUUUCUUUUAGUAUGAGGAAACGUUUCUUCUUCCCCCAACAUAUGUAUAAAAACAUGUUCUUUGAGUUCAGGCCAUUCUAGGCCUUUAACAUGAAGGAUAAAAGAUCUUCAUUCUACUUAUCUGUCAAACUUGGAUAUCAGGGGACAAGGUAUCUCUAUCUCAAAACUUCCUUGAAGCUGACAUAUAACCAUGCGAAAGUGGGGAAGACGUCCGUGGAACUUUCCUCAACCACUUUUUCAAAGAGCUAGAACGGAAAUCGAUCAUUGCUUUCAAAGACAACGAGAGCGAAAGAAGCCAGAAUCUAAGUCCCGAGCUUACACAUGCAAUUAGGGAGUCCAGAAUCACGGUGGUCGUGUUCUCCAAAAAUUACUCCUCUUCAACCUGGUGUCUCAAUGAAUUGCUGCAGGUCUAUGAAUGCUACCAAAGCAUGGAUCUCCCGGUCAUACCAAUUUUCUACGGUUUGGAUCCUUCUCAUGUGAGGAAACAAACCGGAGAAUUUGGAAAGAAUUUUGAGAAGACUUGCAGAAACGAAACAGAGGCAUGUGUAUAUCAGUGGAGAAGAGCUCUGUGCGAUGUAUCUAAUUUCCUCGGAUAUCAUUCUCCGAACUGGUACAAUUCUUGAUAUUUGACUACUUUAUAGUUGACGUUUCUUGCUUCUCAAGUAUUGAUUUUUCUCAUAUUGUUAGGGCUAAUGAAGCAACAAUGAUUGAACAAGUCGCCAAUGAUGUUUUAUUUAAACUG